AUGGUUCGAAAUGAUGCGACGACAGGUGGCGCGUCAUCAGGGCAGAAGGCGGACGAUACGGCUCCUUUAACUGCCAUUUUAGUGGCAGAUAGUUUCGAUAGGCGAUUCGCACCCAUUGUGGAUGAGACGUCGUCAUUGAGUUGUGUACGAUUGGCGAAUGUAAAGGUAUUGGAUUAUACGCUGGAAUGGCUGUCGAGGACCGAAAUACGCGAUGUAAUUGUUGUGGUGGCGUCGUCACAUGAGGCAGCUUUGAGCGAGUUGUUGAGCCAGUGGACGGGCAGUUUUGAGUCGUUGAAGUUGGUGACGUGUCAGAACUGUAUGUCAGUGGGUGACGCGAUACGUGAGGUGGAGACCAGAUCGAUGAUCACUAGUGAUUUCUUAUUGAUCACGAACCCGGCGACAUUCUGCAACUCGAACUUGGUACAGCAGAUCAGGGCGUACAGGUUUGUUGAGUAUUGA